CCCUGUUUAAAGAAGAUCAUAAAAAUAAUAUUGUAAUGGAGGAUUACACGUAUGACAGUUAUUACCAGGAGGGUAAUGCAACUUAUCCCAUACAUUAUAAUCCCUAUAAAAUAGAGCAGAUAACCUUUGAGGUGUUUUUAUUGGUCAUCCUCUUGGUUGGCAAUAUCACAGUUCUUACAGUUAUCAUCGUUGAGGGUCAGAAGUCAAGGAUGCAUUUUUUCAUCAAGAACUUGGCUGUGGCAGAUUUGCUCUGUGGAAUAUUUUUUGUGAUUCCACGAAUUGCGGUACAUUCGAAUGAUGGAAUUUUCUAUGGUGGGAACACACUGUGUAAAUUACAAGAGUUUCUAUCGAACAUUGGAAUUUAUGGAUCCAACAUGAUCAUGAUAGCCCUGAGUAUCGAUCGUCUACACAUCCUCAUCAGACCUUUGGGGAGUCUCGCAAGUAGAGGGAGAAACCCUACAAUAAUAUGUAUCUUUUGUUGGGUGGCAGCAGUCAUUGUCUCUGUGACAGGACCUAUUGUUUUCAAAUAUGAUGCGGUAUAUCAGGAGUGCUAUGUAGAUUUGGAUCAUUCUGAUAUGAAGAUUUAUUUCACCGUCAUCUUUGUCUUCGUGUUUGUUAUUCCUACAAUCAUCAUCGUCGGGUGUUACUCUACGAUAGCUGUUAUAAUAUGGAGAGUCUCAGCAAGAAACGAAGGUUAUCAGAUGAAAGAAAAAGCUUCUGUAAGCAGGCAACAUUCAAAACUACUGUCCUCAAGACAAAGUAGUACAUCCUCUGGAUCAGAGCACGAUGAUUCAAACUCAUCGAUAUCCAAAGCCAAGAUGAAGACAAUUCGAAUGACCUUUGUCAUUGCAUUGGCAUUUGUAUGUUGUUGGGCACCCUACAUGAUUUUCAACUUACUUUCUGUAUAUGAUCAAAUUCCAUGGACACCAGAAAUCAUACCAGUUGCAAUAUUCAUGGAAAGUCUUUUGCCUCUGAAUUCUGUCGUUAACCCCCUGAUCUAUUGUGUAUUUAGCAUACGUGUCUGCAAACAAUGCAGGAAACAUGUAACCAGGAGACUGUCUACGUCAAGGUCAACAAGGAAAACAGACCAGUUGUUCCUGUAACCAAACAUAGAAUUCUUAAGAAGAAACCGAAAGCUUUUUUUAUUGCAACAAUGAUGAUAAGCAUGUCUGCCAAGUUUCUCUGAUCUUUAAAAAAAAUUCUUCAUAUUUACCACUUUAAAGUCAGUUUCUUAACUAAAAGUCAGUUCUGUUAAAAUGGUUUGUUUUAUUGUAUAUGUUUUGUUGCCUAGUAAUGAAUGAAAGCUGACUACAAAGCUGCUGACAGUGUGAAGAGGUUGUGAAUUGGAUGGAUGUAGAAAUUACUCAUUCUGUUCAAGAAUUAAACAUGCUUCUGUAUCACACAGUGUACUUAGAGUAUACGUAAGUUUAGGUGGUUUGCUGUAUAAUGGCAAAAUAUACCAAUGUAAAAUAGCUAAUGAUUAAUUAUAUAUCUUAUUUGCUUUUAAACAGAAUCUCUGCUGAAGUAAUUUAAUUUUCUAAAUGUAAAUUUAUUUCAUAUGUCUAAUGCCACAAAUAUUUUGACUUUUUGGUAUAAGAAGUAUUCUGUUAAACAGACUCCCUCAAUAAUUCUAAAUACUUGUAUUGUACCUGAAAAAUAUUUUUCAUUAAUACAAUUUUAGUAAUAUUUUCAUUUUCCAUAGCCUUUUUGCAUGCAUUUACAAAAGAAUAUGU